CUGCACACGCUGUUCUGUUUACCAAAGCUUCAGCUGGUGUCGCAUGAGGUGACCCGUAGCCAGGCAGGUCAAGCGAAAAGAAAACCGCUAGUCAUAGCUCAGGUUACCACGAGGACCGUUACACUCUAGUACAUGUCUUGCUCAACACUACAGAGGUGUAACAGGGCUGUUUAAAGCAGACCACUAAAUAAUCAUAAUACAAGAUGGGCCAGACUGGGUCCCUGUUUUGUGGGCCGCCCUACCAGAACAGCAACGCUACCACAGGACAGCUGCUGUCCAUAAGGAACAGCACGCUAGGACAGCCAAAGGGAAUUACAGCUGACCAACCAUUUGACAAUGAAUGCCUGGUGGAUACCCUGAACCUCAUUCCACAUGUAGGCUUCCUACCGCUCGCUAUGAUAUGUGCUGCCAUCUAUGGUAGAUGCUGUCGCCAUGGCAACAGUUACCUGGACAAGAGAGUGUGGGUCUUGUUCCCGGGGCACAAUGCGCGAUGGGUGAUCACAUUUGUGCUGCUGUUUGUCACUCUUUGUGAGGUUGGAGAAGGUGUGAUGUCUGACGGUUUCAGCCCCGGCCACCACCCACACCUGUACGUACCCUGGAUCCUGGCCUUCCCUGCUACCAUACUGGCUGGAGUCUUCUACCAUCAGAUUGAGAUGUCCAACGUGCCCCGCUUGCUCCCUCUCCUCGGCAUCUACAACAUCCUGUCUGUAGUCUUCAAGUUUGACAGACUGGUCCAUUUGCUUGGCAGGGGUGUGAGCAUUGGAAGCCUACGGUUUGACCUAGCCAUCGCCUCAGUUAUACUGUACCUUAUGCUGAUACUGCUUGAGGGAUAUGUGCUGUAUAAAAAGCGUUACCUGUGCUCCCAUCCAAUCAACGAUCCCGUACCAGAGGACCUGCUGCAUGGCGAUGUGCAUUACGUAUUUCCAUACGUGUCCCUUCCAUCACGUAUCACACAGUCGUGGCACAACCGGACAAUGAGUCUCGGUUACAAGGUGCCACUACAAUUUGAACAUCUUGGAAAACUACCAAAGGACUACCAUGCCAAACCAGUGUACCACCACUUUAGGGAAGUGUAUGAAAGAGAAAAGGAGAAAGCAGUGAAGAACAGUGCACCAGUGUCCCUGUGGAAGGUGAUCUUCGUGGCGUUCAGUCGACAGUUCCUGAAGACUGGGGUACUGAAGCUGACUUCUGACGUGUUCACCUUCAUUAACCCUCUGCUGCUGAGGGGUAUCAUCACAGCUGCCAUCGGUGCAGGUCUGGCGGCUAAUGGGGCUGCACCUGUACAUAAGGGUCCAUACCUAGUGAGUUUGGGAGAGUUCCUAGCGGAUGGUUACAUCCUACUGGUACUGCUCCUGAUCUGUACCCUACUGAAGUACACCUUUGAACAGAUGUCAGUCUACCUCAACUUCCAACAGGGCAUCCAGCUGAGAACAGCCAUGCAGACCCUGGUGUACACAAAGUGCCUUCGCCUGUCGUCCUCUGUCCUGGGGAGUGGAAAGGUCACUGCAGGUCAGAUCAUGAACCAUGUCAGCAUGGAUGGAAUGAUGCUCAUGUUCUUUGCUGCCCUGUUUCACCAUUCCUGGUCCAUGGUUCUACAGUUCUUAAACUAUAUGUUUUCUAAAAUUGUUUUACAGUGCGUAGCAGGAGCUAUACUGUUGUACUACCAGUUAGGAUGGAGUGCCUUGAUCGGUGCCUGUAUCAUCUUAUGUAUGCUGCCAGUCAACUACAAGAUUGCCAGACAACUGGAGAAAGUCACCAAGACAAAAAUGGCUGUUUCAGACCAAAGGAUGAAGAGAAUCAAUGAGACUAUCCAGGGAAUCAAGCUGCUGAAGUUGUACGGCUGGGAACACAUCUUUUCAGACAACGUCAUUAAAGCCAGGAACAAGGAGGUCAAGCAGAUGUACAGGAGGGCAAUCUGGGAGAUUCUCACAUUGUUUAUCACACAAGUGACGCCAGUGACAGCAACACUCAUCGCCUUUGGGACGUUUGAGUUCUUCAACAACAAGGCCCUGACAUCAGCGGAUGCCUUCACGGCCCUCUCACUGUUCAACAUCAUCGCCAUGCCUCUGAUCAUCUUCCCCAUCGUUAUACGGACCCUGACCAACGCCCGCGUGGCCAUCGAACGUCUCGGUCCCUUCCUGACCGCAACGGAGGUGGAGGCAAUAGGGAACAUGUCUCGCGCUGAUGUUGAUGAAGAAAAAGAUGGAAGCGAGGAUAAUGGGCAUAAAAACACGGAGAAGGACUCACUUCUGAAUGGCAAUGACCAGAUUGAGCUGACCAAUAUGAAAAGAAGUUCUGUGUAUGGGGACCUGUCUGAUGACGUCGCCAUUGAGGUUCAUGAUGGCAGUUUUGCCUGGGAGUUGGACUCUGAAGUUGCAAACAUUAAAAACAUCAACCUGGCUAUUCCAAAAGGUAAGCUGACCAUCGUGGUUGGCCAGGUGGGUUGUGGGAAGUCCUCUCUGCUGUCGGCCAUCUUGGGUGAAAUGACAACAAUGUCCGGACAGGUAGUGUGGAACAAGAAACAUAACAAGGUUGCCUACGCUGCCCAGAGACCCUGGCUGCUGAACGCAUCUCUGAGAGACAACAUCACAUUCGGUCUGCCGUUUGAUCGAUCAAGAUACCAGCAGGUGAUCACAGCCUGUUGUCUGCAGCCUGACAUCGACAUCCUGCCAGGUGGGGACAUGACGGAGAUUGGAGAGAAGGGCAUCAACCUGAGUGGAGGACAGAAACAGCGGAUAAGUGUAGCUCGGACACUUUAUGCAAAAACUGACAUCGUGCUUCUGGACGAUCCACUAUCAGCCUUGGAUGCCCAUGUGGGGGGCGACCUGUUUGAGAAAGGCAUCAUGGGAGACCUGGUGAAGGACCGUCGAACAGUUGUCCUGGUAACCCACAAGCUGCAGUAUCUGGAACAUGCACACUUUGUUGUUGCCAUGGAAGGUGGGAAAAUCCAGGCCACGGGGAGCAUGAGAGAGAUCCGGGAAUCGAACCCCGAACUCUACAACAACUGGAAGGACAUCAUCCUGGAGGGCCACAGGAAGGUGGCAGCAGGGCUGGGGAAGAAGGAACGAGAACGACUGCUGUCUCAGAGUAGUGCGGGGUCCCGCUCAAGCAUCCACUCUGCAGGAAGUAUGAGUGGAAGUGACGAUGAGGAGGAGGCCUCCACAGAGGCAGAGAGGGCGAAGCUGAUGCGUCAGCUGUCACGGCAGUUCUCGGCCUACAGCGUAAGGUCAAGGGUCGGGUCAGUGGGGUCAAAGGGCAAGGAUGGAGAGGAAGAGGAGAAAGACGAGGAGGAAGCUGCUAAGGGAAAGCUUGUUCAGAAGGAGGAGCGUAUGGUUGGUGAGGUGGAUUUGAAACACUACCUGACCUAUGCUGCAGCAUGUGGGUUUCUACUGGUGGCAUUUGUGCUGUUCUUACAGGUAAGCAAACAGGGCAUGCAGGUGGGAAUCGACUUCUGGCUGUCCACUUGGUCAUCUGCAAGCACUGUUGCUACCAUGGCAACAGUACCCGUCAUCAACAUGACAGGUGUCAAUCAAACAUGGGGAAACUUAACUCAGCUGACUCCUGAUAUAGACACCAGCUACUACAUCAACGGUUACACCGUGCUGUCCGUCACAGCGAUCGUGCUGGCCGCUGUAGGCUCCAUUACCAGUAUGCUGGCCAUGGUAGUGGGGGCCAAGCGCCUGCACGAAGGGAUGGUCAGGAACAUCGUACUGGCUCCCAUGAGGUUCUUUGAUACGACCCCUACUGGCAGAGUGCUGAACCGUAUGUCGGAGGAUCAAAGCGUAAUUGACAUUAGGUUGCCGUUCCAAAUGGAGGCUUUGAUACGGACAGCUCUCAUGGUCGCCUCUGCUCUGGUCGUGAACGCUGUCGUCACCCCCUACUUCAUGAUUGGCGCGGCCCCCAUCAUAAUCCUCUACUACUUUGUCCAGAAGUUCUACCGAGCAACUGCAAGGGAGUUACAGAGGCUGGACAGUGUCAACAAGUCGCCAAUGUUUGCACAUGUGUCUGAGACCUUAGGGGGACUGUCUACCAUACGUGCUUUCAGAGUUGAAAAGAGAUUUAACGACAACCUCAUGGAGAAAGUAAAUCGGUGCAACACACCAUUCUACUUUCUCACAGCCACACAGUCCUGGGUUGGCUUAAGAAUGGGUUACAUGGGAGGUGUGAUAGUGUUUGUUGCCGGAAUGUCAUCUAUGGUGGCUUCCAUAUUUGGAGCAGUGUCUUCUGGUAUGGUGGGACUCUCCAUAACAUAUGCACUCAAUCUGCAGCAGUACCUACACUGGGUGGUGAGGAACUUCUGUGAGGUUGAGAUGAUGAUGAACGCAGUGGAGAGGAUUAACUUCUACACCAACAUCCCUACUGAACAAUAUAGGGACAGGAAGAGAGGUAACCUUGUCCCAGCUGCUGAUUGGCCAGCUUGCGGGGAUGUCCGACUGGACAAGAUCUCAGUCCGGUAUGACAAAACACUGGACCCAGUCCUCCAAUCUGUCACUGCCUCCUUCAAACCUGGGGAAAAGGUUGGCAUCUGUGGCAGGACAGGCAGUGGGAAAUCUUCCCUCACUCUGGCUCUUUUCAGGAUGAUUGAUAUGUUUGAAGGUAAAAUCUGCAUAGAUGGAGUGGACAUCAGUCGUGUGCCCUUGACCUUGCUGAGGUCACGCCUGUCAAUCAUCCCUCAGGACACCGUACUGUUCAGUGGCACCAUCAGGUUUAACCUUGACCCUGAGGACAAGGUCAGUGAUUGGGAGUUGUGGAGGUCACUGGAGAUAGCACAGCUCAAGUCUGUCGUUACUGAGCUACCAAAUCAGCUAGAUGAGAUGGUGACAGAAGGAGGGGAGAAUUUCAGCGUUGGUCAGAGACAGCUGUUUUGUCUGGCACGAGCGUUCGUCCGGAAAUCACGCAUCCUCAUCAUGGAUGAGGCCACAGCAUCUAUUGACAUGGAAACCGAUGCCAUCUUACAAGACGUCAUCAAGACGGCCUUUAAGGACAGGACAGUCUUAACUAUUGCUCACCGGAUAGCGACCAUCCUGAACUCUGACCGGAUCCUGGUUCUGGACCAGGGGAAACUUGUGGAGAACGACUCACCAGAAAACCUGCUGAAGAAACCAGACGGACUCUUCACAUCGCUAGUCAAGGCCAAUAAGUAACGGCCACACUUGUACUAGUAAAGCAAGAUGCAGUCAAACUACAACUACAGUCAAACCUAGGGGUGGGUACCGGUACAGAAAAUUCAGGUAUAGGUACUGUCCAGGUCCAGAGGAUUGGGUCCAGGUCUGGACCUGAACCUAAUUAUCUGGGGAAACUUGUGAUACUCCAAUCAAAGCAAUGGUCCAUUUCGCUACAAAGGAAUCUGUUUGGUGGAGCAUCCGACGUCCACUGGCAUUUUAAAAUCCUAUCUCCAUGUAAACAACACUAACUGCCUCUGUUUUAGACCAAGUUUGAAUGUAGAUGUUUUUCGUGGACCGGUCCAUCAAGAAAAAUGGUUUUGUGCUGGUAUACUGUUCUGGUACCCAUCCCUAGUCAAACCUUACAGGUGACCACCUGUAUGCUAGCUGUACAAAAGGAUCACCUAACUCUACUACUACCUAAGUGUACUAGUAAACACCUCUAAAUAAAGACCACCUGUGCAUUGAUAUACAGUCAAACCAGUAAUAAGUGACAACAUCUAGAUAACGGACCACUCUGCCACUGAUAUUCAGUCAAACCUGUACAGUCACAUAUACGUGACUAAUAUAUGUGCUACAUGAAGCUCACUGGGAUAUUUUGACCACUGUUAAGGUGGUAUCUCACUGCACUUGGGGCACCGAUGUGACACUGCGGGGUUCAAAAGUUUCAGAGAUACCAAAUUUUCUUACAUUUUGUGUAUUUUGUUGUCACCAAUCUUGUGCCCUUAGGAAAGGCACUUUACACGACUUUCCUCACUUCACUUAGGUGUAAAAGAAUACCUAGUUUUAAGAAAUUAUUCUUGGACAUAUUUGUCAACAUUUUCAAAAAUAAAUUUGCUAAACUCCAGAAGCUUUAAGUAUACAAAAGGCUUUUAAACGGCCUAGGAGUGUGCAUUGGCUGUUGAAAGCUUGAUUAAACUUAAGUUGCAUGAGAUUCAUUUAGAGACAUAAUUGUACGAUAUGUAGCUUGUUGGAAACAGUAGAUUUUUGCUUGAUCAUUGUUGUACAGGGUGGCAGCUUUUUGUUUUGAUGAAAAAUCAUGUUUGAUUAUAUUUAUUAUGUUUCCUGUAGGGAAAACAUAUUGUUUUGGCUGAUGUGUUCUUCUUUCCUGUCAUUCUGUCACGAACCAAUCAGAGCCUAGAACUACCGGUGACAUCAGCAAAUUAGCUAUUACUGCAAAUAACGAAAUAUUAUAUGAUGCAGCAAAUAUAAAGUGACCUUUUUUUGGCAACGCUUCAAGGCGGAGCCUAAUAGUAUCAUGAUUGUAGUAUUGUGUGCGAGUAGACUGACAAAAGGAAAAUACAGCAGGGAAAUAUCUUGUAUUUACUUGAAAAUGUUGCCUUUCUCCUUUAAAGCAUUUUAAAGCAUUAUGAUCAUAUAUUUGUAUGAUGAGGACCAAAGAGUUGAUGAUUAUCAUUAUUUG